GGAGGGGGCCGGCUCAGUGGGGGUUGCUGCAUUGCAGCCUUCAUUUGGAAUCUAAUAUAUUAACAAUGGCGACUUCCAAUCCGAGUAACAGCGGAGGCGGCGGUGGAGCGGGCCCCGGGCUCCCCGGACAGCAGCAGCAGCACAGCACGGUCAGCAGCAUGCAGGGCCUUCAGAUAAACUUCUGUGACAAUGCACAAAGUAAACGCAAAGCACUGAAGUUAAAUUUUGCAAAUCCGGCCUUCAAAUCCACGGCGAAGUUCACGCUGAACCCUACAAUUCAACCUGCGCACUUGAUGCAAAAAACAGACGUGAUGAGAAACUUCGAGACCACCUACCAAAAACCGGAAGUGCGCCUGGCGGGCGGGAAGCAAUUCAGCUCCAAUGAGCAGGCAACAAAAAACCGACUAGAGCGAUUACGGACACACAGCAUCGAGUCCUCAGGAAAGUUGAAGCUUUCUCCGGAGCAGCAUUGGGACUUCACAGCUGAGGACCUGAAGGACCUGGGCGAGAUCGGGCGAGGCGCCUACGGGUCCGUCAAUAAAAUGAGUCACAAUCCCAGUGGGCAGAUAAUGGCCGUCAAGCGAAUUCGAUCAACAGUGGAUGAGAAGGAACAGAAACAACUUCUGAUGGAUCUGGACGUGGUGAUGAGGAGCAGCGAUUGUCCAUAUAUUGUGCAGUUUUAUGGGGCGCUAUUCAGAGAGGGAGACUGCUGGAUUUGUAUGGAGCUCAUGGCUACCUCGUUCGACAAGUUUUACAAAUAUGUAUAUAGUUCAUUAGAUGACGUUAUUCCAGAGGAGAUUUUAGGAAAAAUUACUUUAGCUACUGUGAAGGCGCUAAACCACUUAAAGGAAAACUUGAAAAUCAUUCACAGAGAUAUCAAACCUUCUAAUAUUCUUCUGGACAGAAAUGGUAAUAUUAAGCUCUGUGACUUUGGUAUUAGCGGGCAACUUGUGGACUCCAUCGCCAAGACCAGAGAUGCUGGCUGCCGGCCCUAUAUGGCGCCGGAAAGGAUAGACCCCAGUGCGUCCAGACAGGGAUAUGACGUGCGCUCGGAUGUGUGGAGCCUCGGCAUCACGUUGUAUGAAUUGGCGACCGGCCGGUUCCCGUAUCCCAAGUGGAACAGCGUUUUUGACCAGUUGACGCAGGUGGUAAAGGGAGACCCCCCGCAGCUCAGCAACUCUGACGAGAGGGAGUUCUCCCCCAGUUUUAUCAACUUUGUCAACCUGUGCCUUACAAAGGACGAGUCUAAGAGGCCAAAGUACAGAGAGCUUCUGAAACAUCCUUUCAUCGUGAUGUAUGAAGAGCGAUAUGUGGACGUGGCCAGUUACGUCAUUAAAAUCCUGGAUCAGAUGCCAGCCACCCCCAGCUCCCCGAUGUACGUUGAUUGACCUUGCUGCCACCCAAAACUUUAGCAAACAGCAACAAAAAAGCAAAAGAGCAAGCAAGGGCUGGGAGCAAACCACACGCAGACAAAGGCGCCACCGCACGACCAGUUGUGACUUUUUCCUCUCUCGCUCCGGCACCACGUGCAAUAAGAUCCGUGUUUGUUUCCUAUCUUUCCAUUGUGUCCGUACGCUAAGUCACAUGUAAAUCGCAUCCCGUUAAUCUGCUGGUCACACCGAGCUCAUCCGGGGGCUGAAACGCGCUGUCUUUCUGACCCAAACUGCUCAGUGGAACCCGGCCAGACUGGAACAAAACCAUCUCCGCUGCUGCCCAAAACCAAAGGGGGGGGGUGCCGUGAGGGUCCACCCCCAAGGUUCUCCCGUGUAACAAGGAGUCGAGAGAAAGACCGUCAUCGUAACUUUCCCCACUCUCCAAGAGGUGGGGGCAAGGCAAAGAAUAUGAAUUAUAUAUAAAUAUAUAUAUAUUUUUUAUUAUUUUUGAAUAAAAAAAAACAAAAAAAAAAUUUUUCUUCACAAAGUGCAAUAGGCUAACCGAUUCUCCGCCAGGUGAUCCCGCAAGGGAUCCGGUCUGGACACACUUUAUUUUUUCUAUUAUUAUUUUCUGUUUUUUUUUUUAGUUUUUUUUUUUUUUAGUUUUUUUUUUUUGCCCCCUCUGGCAGAGAAUGGAGUUGAUGAUGAAUAAAAAAAAAAAAAAUCCUAUUCUGCUAUAAUUAUUUUUGUUUAUAGUGAGUGUCGGUUGAAUUUUUUUUUUUUCUUUUUAAGAAUCCUAAAUGGUAAAAAAAUAAAAAAUAAAAAAAAAAGA